AUGAGAACAUCUCGACGAAAGUUCUUCUUUGCAAAAAUUUUAGCUCUUAUUCCGACAUUAUGCUUAAAAAGCAAAAAGUUAAGUUCAUUCUUGGAAAUAUUGCAUUUUUUGGUCGGAUAUCGGGGCGGGAUACCUCAAGUGAAUGCAAUUUUAGUUAAUGAAACUUUUAGUUGGAAACAUUAUUCAGCAUUGUGGAAACGUCUGGUCGAUAACGGAAAGCUUUGA